GGCGCCCCUGCGCGGCCGCAGCCUCCAGCCCGGGUUGGGACACGCAGUCGCAGUUGCGCGGCGGGGCGCGAUGGCCGCGUGGGGCGACCGGCUGGCCGGGGUGCGCGGGGUGCUGCUCGACAUCUCGGGCGUCCUGUACGACAGCGGCGAGGGCGGCGGCAGGCCGAUCGCCGGCUCCGUGGAGGCGGUGGCGAGGCUGAGGCGCUCGGGGCUGAAGGUGCGGUUCUGCACCAACGAGUCGCAGAAGUCCCGCGGGCGCCUGGUGGGCGAGCUGCGCCGCCUGGGCUUCGACGUCGCCGAGGCCGAGGUGACCGCCCCGCCCCCCGCCGCCUGCCGCAUCCUCCGGGAGCGAGGCCUCCGGCCACACCUGCUGGUCCACGACGAAGUCCGCUCGGAAUUUGACCAGAUCGACACGUCCAACCCCAACUGCGUGGUCAUUGGGGACGCGGGGGAACACUUCUCCUACCGGAACAUGAACCGGGCCUUCCAGGUGCUCAUGGGGCUGCCGGACCCCGUGCUCCUCUCCCUGGGGAAGGGGCGCUACUACAAGGAGACCUCGGGCCUGAUGCUGGACGUUGGCGGCUACAUGAAGGCGCUCGAGUACGCCUGCGGCAUCGAGGCCGAGGUGGUGGGCAAGCCCUCGCCGGAGUUCUUCGGGUCGGCCCUGCGGGAGCUGGGCGUGGAGGCCCGCCAGGCCGUCAUGAUCGGAGACGACAUCGUGGGCGACGUGGGCGGGGCGCAGCGGUGCGGGAUGCGAGCCCUGCAGGUGCGGACCGGCAAGUUCAGGCCCAGCGACGAGCACCAUCCCGAGGUGAAGGCUGACGGCUACGUGGACAACCUGGCGGAGGCCGUGGACCUGCUGCUGCAGCACGCGGACAAGUGACGGCCUUCUGGGAAGGUCCCAGCCUCCUGCCACCCCCCCCCCCCCAGUGCCCAGGCCACCCCGGGCUCUGCCCUCACCCUCCACAGGCAGGCGAGGGGCCCAGCCAGACGGCGCGGGCGGCCGGCCCUUCCUCUCUCCCUCCCCGGCCUCCCCAGCCCCUUGCAGCUUGUCCCUCCCUUGUGGCCUGCUCCCUGCCCGCGGCCCUGUGAAGUCUCCAGAGAAUAAAACCCCCAGGCAUGGGCCUGAGGUGCCCCGGGAAUACGGGAACCCCCGAAUGCACGUGCUCUCCAGGGGCACCGGGUCCUGUGAAUGCUCCUCCACGUGGGCCCCAGGCAGGUCCCGGCCUCGUCACCCAACCUUCCUGGCCUUUUAGCUCGGAGCCUGGAGGGCACGGGCCUUCCCUCAGCCAGUCAGCCCCCGCUGAGCCAGCCCCGGGCACUGCCCCGCCCCCACCCGGACUCAGUGGCCACUCAGCACCUCCCCCUUCCCCCCCCCACACACACAGGACGCAGCACACUGUCCUGUCCCCACAAGUCACCUGUGGAGCCCAAAGCUGGGGCAGCUCCCAGGGCCUCUGAGCGGCGGGCACCAGCGUGGUCCGCGGCCCCGGGUGGCCCGUGGGGUCUGAAAGGCUGGCGACCGCCGCUCAGGACCGCGUGCUGCAGAGCGAGAACGGUAACGCCCGGACGGGCUGCGGGCAGAGGCCCUUCCUGGAGCCAUAACGCCAUAGACUCGGUCACGCCCACUGUGUGCAGGACACUGACCGUGAAAUAAAGCCUCCAG